CCGCUGCCAUAAAGCGCAUGUCACGACUGCAGCGAGGACUUGGUGGCGGCGCGGCCGUCGUUGCGACGCUUCUGGUGGCUAUAGCUCUUCAUCAAUGGCACGCUCCACCACCUGCGUCACGAGGCAUUCCUUCCAUGGAGUGGCAUGACGCAAUCCUGCCGGUCUUGCUCACAGCGAGGGCACCUGUCUUGCUUGUCCACUCGCCGACAGACCAGUGGAACACCUCACUCUGGACGCUCGACCACGUUUUGUCGUGCCUCAAGCGCAAGACGGUGGAAGUUCAUGCAGCAUCGCCACCAGUUUUCAAGCACUACGACCCAAACCUGGAGCUGAGUGCGAAGUUCCCUCCUCCAUUUCGCACCUUCUACACCGACGCUACGCACCUCCACACCCUCUUGACUUCUGCGACAGUCGAAAAACAGGAUGCAGCUCCUCCACCCACGGGAUACUACGUCAACGGUGAGCUGAAGCUGCUGGCGCCGCAACUCGCCCGCGAUAUCUCCCCAACCUUACCGUUUGCCCUGCCGUCUGCGUCCUCCACAAUCUUCGUCAAACUGUGGAUCGGUGGUCCCCGCGUUGUCGCCAACCUUCACUACGAUGCUACCCACAACAUCUUCCACCAAGUUCACGGCCAAAAAACUUUCACCUUGUUCCCCCCAGACGCCUUCGACUCGCUGUACGUCCAUUCGCGCCUCCAUCCCAGUCAUCGCCAGUCACUGCUUGACCUCUCGCAGCCCGACGCCGAUCUCUUGGCUCGGUUUCCUCGGUAUCGGCAAGCCUUUUCAAAACGGGUCGACGUGACCCUGCAGCCUGGUGAAACCAUGUACUUGCCGCCGUUUUGGUUUCAUUGCGUACUGACGACGACGCCAUCCAUUUCAGUCAACGUGUGGAGCCACAGCCGUGAACUCGCAUUGCUCGAGUCCCUGCUCGAGAACGCGAUGCCGUACUUGGUGCGUUUUGAAGCAAACGGAUGGAUCCACAAUGUCGCCACGCACUUGUUUGCCCUGCAGUUGUACGUGGGGGACCUCCUCGGCCGCGUGUUUCCCCGUCCUCGGGACUGGAUUGCUAUGCACCUCGACACUCUCGACCGGUCACUCGACGAUGGGCAAACGUGGCCACGGCACCAAUUCGAGUGCGGCGUCGCGCCCCAUCGCAUUGCCCGCCACAUGCAGACAGCGAUGAUGGCGUUUGUGGACGCCACGAUGGCCGCUACAUUCGACAAGAUGCCAACGAAUGCGUCAAAGGCCAUCUUGAUGACGAGUUUCGUCGAGUCGUUGGCCGCACAUGUCAUCGACCCCGUCUACGUCGCCAGUUUCCUCCACUCGUGUGUGGCUACCGAUCCCGCGCACAAAACGAGCGACUAGUUGUGCGCUAACAGCCGUCCAUGUGUCUCUAUGGCGAGCACUGGAUCGUCUGUGGCUACGUUUACGACCGCGAGUUCGUGGCGAAUAAAGAGAUUUUCCUUGAUGCA